UGAGAAAUGGUUUGGCUGUGUGCGGAUAUUGUUACAAUGUGUAAAGGGUCUGUCCUGCUGCUGGUACAGUUUAUUACAGUCAGUCAGUGAGCGGAGGUGGGCUGGUUGUGAGAUGUGAUGUGCACGAAGGUUUCUUCGCAGUUCUUUUGUUUGCAUGUGCCGAAGAUGACAUUAUGAACUCAGGCUGACUGAAGACAGAUAUUUGCUAUUGGUGCUUGCAGCAUCCCAAUCCUUUGGUCGAGAGAAUAUAAAAAAGAUUCUUGCUCCCGCCACCUUUCCUGCCAUUAAUCAACCAGCUCCUUGCCUUACCACCUGACAUGCUUUGUCCCUGAAGACCCGGUUGAGGUGAAGUAACCUGGGAGUGAAAUAGUAACAGACUUCUUGAAAGUGCAGUGAUUGGAGGAGGUUUGGAAAGUGUCCCAGUAGAGUCUCCCCGUGUUCAGCCAAUGGAAAACAACCUUGCUGAACUUUUCAACUCGGACGCUUUGAAACAGGAAGCAGCGGCCGGUAAAAAUGGAUCCUGUUGAUCUUUGCCUGCACUGGAGUCGAUUGGGACAAACAAGUGUGUUACCAUGUUGAUCAUCCUUACUAAAACACUAGACAAGAAGAAGGGUGCUGAUGAUGUAAAGCACAGAGCCUCAAACUCUGAACUGCAUAAUCCAAAGAUGACGAGUAGAGGGACGACUCUCUUCUCCUGUGGAAUUAUGGAAUGUGACAGUUGGUCAGAGCUCAAUCGGAAGUGUCCCUUCCGGAAGGAGACGGCUGGUGCGAGCCUCGAGUCUCUGUGGGAUGUCCUGCCGGAGCCCUGCCAGGAGAGCCCAUCCAGGGCGCGGGAGUUUGCUACAGCCAGCGCCGUUACCAGCCUCAUCAGGGACCUGAGCCUGAGCGACACCAAGAGCAGCCCAGCCACUGCCCCACCCAGCAAGCGCCAGUGCCGCUCCCUGUCUUUAUCCGAUGAGAUGAGCCCCUGCCGUGCGGCUUGGAGGCCUGUGGGUUCUCGGGUCUGGACCCCCGUGGAGAAGCGGCGCUGCCACAGUGGUGGGAGCGUGCAGCGUGGCUCCAGCGGCUUCACUGGCAGCACCAUGCAGCGUAGCUCCAGCUUCAGCCUGCCUACCCGCUCCAACACAUUCCCCGGUACUGCCUUCUCCCUCGGCUACGACCAGACCUGUUUCGGACAGCGCCUUGUCUGCCAGUCCUGGCCAGGCUUCCAGGCCUUGCCUUCCAGCACUGGCAGUGGCCCAGUCAGAGACUCCACCGAGCUUCACAGGUCCCUCUCGCUCUCCCACGAGCAGAUCUCUUCCUUGGAGUACCAGGCACCGUCGGCUCACAGCAGCCCAGACUCAACUCCCGAACUGGGGAGACGCGCAGGGCCUGAGGGGCUGUCCAGGAGCCGCUCCCAGCCUUGUGUCCUCAAUGACAAGAAGAUUGGGAUGAAGCGGAGGAGGCCUGAGGAGGCCCAGGAGCAGAGGCCGUCCCUUGACCUAGUAAAAAUGACGCAAAAGCUAAGAAAUGUCCAUAGCCUUAGUUGCCCAGGUAUCCCCAGUGAAGACUGUUCCCAAACUAAACCAGUGCCUCCCACUUGUAGCGGCACUAAAAAAUAUGAGGCUGACCUCGGACCUGCUGGGGGACCAGAGGUGGGGCCUCAACAGAACCCUGAAGAGGACGGGGCCAACAAGGAGGACCUGUCCAAUGAGGAGCUGCACUUCAGUCCAGACGAGGACGGAGACUCCAAGAAGACAGCAGAGAAUGUAGAUGAGUGCGUGAACUGGGAGGUCGAGAGCAGGACAGCGGGGGAUUCUUCUCAGCUGGGAGGAGAACUGGACAUAGACCAGAUUGAAAGAAACUGAAGCUGGGAAGGUGUUGACUGGUGCCCUGAAGAGCGUUGCAGGGUUUUGAAAGUUGUAUGAAGCCGUGAAACUAAGGGAGGAGCUGAUGUUGGGCACCACAGCGCAAAGCAGGAACAUGCCUUAGUCAGUACAAGGGCUCACAUACCCUGCUUAAGGAGAUCUUUUUUUGAAAUGAGGUAGAUUUCAGGGCGUGGAAUUUGGCAGGGUUCAGAAGUGCAGCAUGGUUAUGUGGCACACUAAAGAGAAGUACCACAGAGGUUUAGUGGGGUGACGUGGCGCCGGGGGGGGUCAUGUUAUUGUACUGGGUUGAGAGGCUUGGUGAAAAGUUUAAAAGCAUUCCCCUGCUCGCACACAAAACUAUAGCAGAUGGGGGCUCCCGAGUGGCUUAUCCGGUGAAGGCAUUCUGCCCGGAGUGCAGAGUGCGCCCUAUAGCUUGGAGAUCGCAGGUUCAAAUUCAAGCUAUGACACUGCCGACCAUGAACGGGUAUUCCCAGGGCCAAGCGCUGCCGGGGUAGAGUAGAGGUUAGGUCGGCUAGGGAUUCCUUGACUCGCAGCACACCGGCGACUCCUAUGGCUGGCUGGGUGCCUGUGGGCCAGCCUGUACACAGUUCAGAACUGCGUAGUCCUCUGACGCUGUAAGUUCUGAGGGGAAAAAAAGCGGAUGGCUGACGCAACUCGUUUCAGAGGACGCAAGUGCUCAUCUUCGUCUCUCCUGAGUUAGUUCAGGGGUUGCAGCGGUGAGCCAGGUUAAAUAAUAAUUGGACAUUCCAA